AUGAAGGCCACAUCCCCAUCGUCCUGCAACUCUGAAAUGCUUCAAGCCACACUCGAUCAUUCUCAGGGCGAUCGGGAUGGGGAAGACGAUAAUGAUGACGACGAUUACGACGUUCUGCAGCCUCCUCCUCAUCUGUUUCUCUUCUUUAUUUGGUUGAUUUCUUGUAGUCUACUUCUGCCUUCUCCNUCACGUCUCGUUUUUGUAUGCAUCAAUCUUAGUUUGUAUUUAUUUUGGUAUACAUUUUGUUUGUUGCAGGCAUCUAAGAAGCAGUAUCACUGUGAUGGGUGUGGAAUUUGUAGAAUUGGGGGGCGGGAGAACUUCUUCCACUGCCACAAGUGUGGUUGCUGCUAUUCGGCUAUUUUAAAAAAUAGCCAUCCCUGCAUCGAAGGAGCAAUGCACCAUGACUGUCCUGUUUGCUUUGAGUAUCUGUUUGAUUCGACAAACGACGUAUCGGUGAUGCCGUGUGGACACACCAUCCAUCAAAAUUGCUUGAAUGCGAUGAGAGAUCACUUUCAAUUUGCUUGUCCUCUCUGCUCCAAGUCCGUUUGUGAUAUGUCCAAGGUGUGGGAAAAAUUUGACAUGGAAAUUGCAGCUACCCCAAAUCCAGAGCCAUACCAAAACAAAGUGGUUUGGAUUCUUUGCAACGAUUGCGGGAAAACGUCGAAGGUGCAGUAUCAUGUUGUGGCUCAAAAAUGCUUGAAUUGCAGGUCCUACAACACCAGACUGAUCGGCUAAGGAUGCGGAUAUGAAGGCCACAUCCCCAUCGUCCUGCAACUCUGAAAUGCUUCAAGCCACACUCGAUCAUUCUCAGGGCGAUCGGGAUGGGGAAGACGAUAAUGAUGACGACGAUUACGACGUUCUGCAGCCUCCUCCUCAUCUGUUUCUCUUCUUUAUUUGGUUGAUUUCUUGUAGUCUACUUCUGCCUUCUCCGUUCUAUUUGUUUGUUUCUCUUCUUUAUUUGGUUGAGUUCUUGUAGUCUACCUCUGCCUUCUCCGUUCCAUUUGUUGCUGUGUAUAUUUUGCUGUAUUUGCCCUUUCGUUCGAAAUAAGAUAUCGCAUCGUAAUCGUGUUAGUGAA